CGCGCCACUCCACUGGGUAGACACCCCACUUUGCAAAGAGGAAAGCCAACUAAAUAAAAAGGCCUGAAAGGGGAAAAAAACAAAAAAACAAAACAAGAACAGCAGCACUUUAACAUGUACUCAAACAAAAUCGAAGGACCACGUAGAGGAAGAUCUUUUGACUCUAUGAACCUCGGCUUUGAAGAAAAACUGCUGAACAAUGAGAUAAACAAGUCAACCUUCACCAAAAUUGAAGAAAACAACGAAAAGAAGAAUUCAUCAGAGAAAGGGAGAGCGACAAUCAUCUUUUCCUUGAAGAAUGAAGUUGGGGGACUUGUAAAGGCACUCAAACUCUUCCAGGAAAACCACGUGAACCUUGUACACAUUGAGUCCAGGAAAUCCAAAAGACGCAACUCUGAGUUUGAAAUUUUUGUGGACUGUGACAGCAACCACGAGCAACUGAAUGAAAUCAUCCAGCUGCUGCGGAAGCAUGUGAAUGUGGUGGAUAUGGAGCCUCCAGAUAACUCCUGUCUACGCGAGGAAGAUAUGUAUGAAGUACCCUGGUUCCCAAAGAAGAUUUCAGACUUGGAUAAGUGUGCUAACCGAGUCCUGAUGUAUGGAUCUGAACUGGAUGCUGACCAUCCGGGUUUCAAGGACAAUGUCUAUCGGAAAAGGCGAAAGUAUUUUGCAGAUCUUGCCAUGGCCUACAAACAUGGAGAUCCCAUUCCUCGUAUUGAGUUCACACAGGAGGAAGUGAAGACUUGGGGUGUUGUGUACAGGGAGCUCAACAAGCUGUACCCUACCCACGCCUGCCGGGAAUACUUGAAGAACUUGCCACUGCUGUCCAAAUAUUGUGGAUGUCGGGAGGACAACAUCCCUCAGCUGGAAGAUGUGUCACGCUUCCUCAGGGAACGUACUGGAUUUACCAUCAGGCCUGUGGCAGGUUACCUGUCCCCCCGUGACUUUCUUGCUGGUUUGGCAUUCCGCGUUUUCCACUGCACCCAGUAUGUGCGGCACAGCUCCGACCCCUUGUACACCCCUGAACCGGACACAUGCCAUGAGCUGCUGGGCCACGUCCCGCUGCUGGCAGAGCCCAGCUUUGCUCAGUUUUCUCAGGAGAUUGGUCUCGCUUCACUUGGAGCCUCCGAUGAUUCAGUUCAAAAACUGGCCACUUGCUAUUUCUUCACUGUGGAGUUUGGUCUAUGCAAACAAGAGGGGCAGCUGCGAGCUUAUGGAGCUGGACUUCUGUCAUCUAUCAGUGAGCUCAAGCAUGCGCUCUCUGGUAAUGCAAGGAUAAUGCCUUUCGACCCCAAAAUUACAUCAAAGCAGGAAUGCAUCAUCACAACGUUUCAGGAUGUCUACUUUGUGUCAGAUAGCUUUGAGGAAGCCAAAGUCAAAAUGAGGGAGUUUGCCAAGACCAUCAAGCGUCCCUUCACGGUUCGAUACAACCCCUACACCCAGAGUGUGGAUGUGCUAAAAGACACUCCCAGCAUCAACAGUGUGGUGGAGGAGCUGCGACACGAGCUUGACAUCGUCGGUGACGCACUCAGCCGGCUGAACAAACACCUGGGUGUCUGACUGCGCACAGUUCACAUGGAGUUACACUGACAGUCUGUCAUCCCCGGCACUGCUGUAGAGACGUUGCUUGUGUGUUGUCCUUUGCCAGUAACAUGAAUGUGCGUCGUUUUUUUUUUUUGCAAAAAUGUUCUGUCGUCUCCACUGCAUGGUUUAUAUAGCUUACACAAUUUACAGGUGCACUAGGUAUGUUUAGACACUAACUUUAAGAUAUUUGACAAACCCAAAGAGCUGCUUAAUCUGAGGUACUAUUUGGCUUCUAUAUUCCAAACAGUUUAUGUGCUUUGAUGGUACUUCAGUUCACUUUUGAAACACUUCCAGCUGUUACAGACACCUCCAAUUGUUAUUUCUGCUUUUGUAUAUGAUUGUGUGAGUUUUCUUUUCUUUUUUUUU